GCGCGGGGGCUUGUGGCUGUGUCUGUGGGCAGCGCCGCGGCGCCGGGGAGAUGGUGGGCUCUGGCGAGGUGGGGGGCGAGGCGUGGCGAGGCCGGUACUACCGGCUGGAGGAGGUGCAGAAGCACAACAGCAGCCAGAGCACCUGGAUCAUCCUGCACCACCGCAUCUACGACGUCACCAAGUUCCUGGACGAGCACCCAGGUGGUGAAGAGGUCCUCAGGGAGCAAGCUGGGGGAGAUGCUACUGAGAACUUCGAAGAUGUUGGCCAUUCCACAGAUGCAAGGACACUGUCAGAAACUUUUAUUGUUGGGGAACUUCAUCCGGAUGAUAGAGGGAAGCUUCAGAAACCAACAGAAACUCUUAUUACCACUGCUCAGUCUAAUUCCAGUUCAUGGUCCAACUGGGUGAUUCCACUGAUAGCAGCAAUUAUCGCGGCCCUGAUGUAUCAUUCCUACAUGUCAGAGUAAGCGCCUUACUGAGAACUAAUGCAAGAAGAGAGUGAUCUGGGAGAGAAUAUAAGCAAUCCUAACCCACUAUGUUUCAGGACAAAAGUCUGAUGUCUGAAGAGAAAUUCAACUUUUUCAGAAAACUGAAAAAUUCUUUUCUGCUGUGCACUUUUCUUAAAUGUUGCCGCCUUAUUUGCUGUUCUGAAAUGAUAAAAAGGCAGCAUUUCUCUUUGUAUAACAAUUUUAUUCUCUAAUUAAUUAUUUGAUAACUGUAUUGGUUUCUGUGUUAGAAUACUGUUUUGUAUGUAACACUGAUUCUGGUUAUUUCUCUUUAAUCUGUAAUGGGGUCCAUAGGACUCUCUUUACAUAUAAAUUUUACAGCUUUAAAGGACUACCAAAACUGUGUACAUGUAUUUGUCCAUGUACACAACUUAACUUAAAAAAUUAUGUUGUCUUCUGAAAUGUAGUAUGUUUGAAUGAAAUGCUAAUUAAAUGUAAUGAAAAAAGCUGAGUGGAGUAGUCUGUAUAGGUGCCUGUAAGUGGUUGGGCCCUACCAAUCGGGCUAUAAUGAGGUGAUUUUAUUUUUAUUUUUUCCUUUCCUCUUGACAUCUGCUCUUUAUAGUUGUAGGUACUCCUACCAGCAAACUGUUCUGUUUGACUCCCACUGAAAAAUUCAGGUGAAAUAUGAAACCUAAUGUUUGGCCCAAUUAAUGUCCGUCUCAGUUUUGUGGAAGGUAGCUCUUAUUUGCAAAAAAGGCAGAAAAAAAGUAACUGCUACUAAAUAACUGUUCCUGCCAAGCACUCAGGUGACUCCAGAAUUUAUUCUGGAACUUUUAGACUUUUAUAAAAUCUUCAGCUUUGUCAUGUAUAUGGAAUCUGUUUCUGACUGUUCUGUGAUAUGUUCCUUGGUGCUUUACUAUGAAGAGAUGACUAUUUUCACUGCUAAAAACAAGAUAACUGAAAGCUUCCAUUUUGUGGUGAACAUUUUUAGUCAUAUGUAAAUGAUCAUGAAUAAAAGUUUAAUUGCUUAUUCUCA